AUGCAUUUGCAGUGUAGUAACAUGUAGGAUGCUUGCAACUAGGGCACUAUAAACGCCGAAAUGAAAGAUUGUUUUGAAAACUCUGCUACUCUCGAGAUGGAAAUGUGAACUGUGCUCAACUGGGCAAUGCUUGUCUAUAAAUUAGAUCAUGUGGAUGAGAAAGAUGCAGUAGCGUCCAGUGCACUGCAAUGCAGUGUGUUACUCAAAGUUUUACUUUACAAGGGAUAAAUUAUUUUUUCAGAAUGGAUUGAUGUAGAAUAAGGAUUACACUUGAAUGGCAUUGUGUCAUCGAUUCGGGGUUUUACAUCGACUUUUGAUUAAAAUUCCGAAGAUGACAUAGUAACUGACUGUUAGAAACCAUGCCCUUUUUACACGAUUACAACAAACAAUUCAGGUACUUCGAUAAAUGCACUUCAUUAAAUCGGUUGGAAAACUAAGUUGCGUACGACUAAAAUGGAGGAAGAAGAAUUUUUCAGGCUCUUGACCCCCCAGUCACUUGUACAAAUAGAUGAGCGGAUUGCGGAAGAGAAAGCAUUUAAGAAAGCAGAGAAACAGGCUCAUGAGGAAGGCGAGGAGGAGGAACUAGCCGCCCAUGAGGAAGAAGAACCAAAACCCAAUCCAAAGUAUGAAGCGGGGAAAAAGCUCCCCCUCUCAAUGAAGGACCUGUUUCCGGUGGAGUAUACCAGCAAACCUCUUGAAGACUUCGAUGAAUUUUACGAAACACAAAAAACUUUUGUGGUUGUGGGAAAGGACAUGUCCAUUUCCAGAUUCAGCGCCACGAAUGCCUGCUAUCUUCUCAGUCCCUUCAACCCGCUGAGGAGAGGCGCCCUCUACGUCCUAGUUCAUCCAUAUCCUUUUCCAAUCGCUUUAAUCAUCAUCACCAUUAUUGUAAACUGCGCUUUCAUGGCCAUGACUGAACAACCAUUCGAUUGGAUAGAGUAUGUCUUCACUGGUGUCUACACGAUGGAGGCCUUCAUAAAAAUCACCGCUCGAGGAUUCAUAAUCAAUGAUUUUACCUACCUGAGAGAUCCGUGGAACUGGCUUGAUUUCGCCGUCAUUUCCUUGGCGUACGUUGAAACUCUCAUAAUUCAACCGCUUGAGUUAACGAAGGACGGUCUGGGAAAUUUAGCUGCACUACGGACAUUUCGAGUGCUCAGAGCACUUAAAACUGUAGCUGUUAUUCCAGGCUUGAAGACCAUCGUUGGUGCCUUACUGGAGGCGGUGCGGCGACUGCGGGACGUCAUGAUUUUAACUGUUUUUAUGCUCUCAAUUUUUGCCUUAGUCGGUAUGCAAUUAUAUAAGGGUACUCUCAGACAGAAAUGUGUCACUUUUGCCAACUUCACGUACGACAAUACAACCGAAGGCAAUGAGACUUUCAAGACUUUUGACGAGGCGUGGUUAGAAUAUGCCAUGGACACAGAAAAUUGGAAAAAGGUGGAUGGGUCUGAUGAUUUUCUUGUUUGUGGCAAUGCAUCAGGAGCAGGACAGUGUCCACCUUCGUAUGUUUGUAUUAACGAUACCCACUCGAACCCAAACUCUAACUUUACUCACUUUGACAACUUUGGGACUGCCCUUCUAUGUACAUUCCGUUUGAUGACACAGGACUAUUGGGAAAACCUUUAUCAAAUUACAUUGAGAGCCGAGGGCCCCUACCAUUCCGCCUAUUUUAUAAUUGUGAUACUGCUGGGGUCGUUCUACCUAGUGAAUCUUAUAUUAGCUAUUGUCGCCAUGUCUUAUGACGAAACCCAGAAACAGGACCAGGCCGAUGCUGAUGAAGAGGAGGAGGAACGAAAAGAUGAUAAAUCUUGUGAUCAUUCCAGCAAGGCAUUGCAAAUCCAUGCGAUUCAACAAACUAUACACGAUGGUCUAAGGGAGGAUUAUGAAGAAUAUUUGGCAGAGAAGGCUUCCCAAGCCAAGAGCCAAUCGGAGACAUCAUUGAGUGACCAUGGCAAUGAUGACAAUGCAGACAAAUUCAGCAUAAGAUCUAACAAACCAGACGAAAAUGGACAAUUUCUCAAUGUCAGUAAAAAGCAACCUAGCUUGAGUUUACCCGGCACUCCAUUUGUGCGGCGAAACACUAAGAAGGCCAAAUACAAUGCAAAUCAUGGUGACCAUCAACCUUUAAUGCUGGACAAUCUACCUUAUAUAGACGACCCAAAUGCCGUUACUCCAUGUUCGGAUGACCUAACAAUGAAUUUGACCUAUAGACAAUUUGUUGCGUCAAGAAGAGGUAGCUAUGCGUCAUUGUUGAAACGCACUGGCUCCUCUAGGCGCAGUAGUUUCGCGUCACGUGAUAGUAGACGAUCCCUUCCAAAGUCACCUCGGUCUCCAUUAGAAAAACCCGGGAAAUUAGAUACCCCGUGGGACUGGAAAAAACCAAAGGACAGCUCUCAUUUACAUCCUCUUGACGCGGGGGAUCGUGGUAAACAUGUCGAGAAUGGGUCUAUAGUCGGCUCCCGAAUGGACAUUGAAAAGAAGUCUCAUGACGAAGAAAUUUGCCACCCUCAUAGUGGAAAACAUGUCGAUCCAAGAGAUAUGAUGGUGCUAAAAAGUCUUCUGGCACAUGCUGAGGGACAUCGGAACAGCAAACACAGUGUCAUCAGUGAUUUCCCCUUCGAGGAAGAGGAAGAGCUUCUUAAGGAUCGACUGUACAGACGGUUCUGCAGUUGGACGUGCUGUCCAUGUUAUCUUAAAUUCCAGGAAUUUGUUAGCUUCAUUAUUUUAGACGCCUUUGUGGACCUCUUCAUCACCAUCUGCAUCCUUGCCAACACAGCCUUUAUGGCGGCUGACCAGUAUCCAAAAUCAGAUGACCUGACAGAAUUGCUUUUUUAUGGGAACUACGUUUUCACAGCUAUAUUUGCAUCCGAGGCUUUCCUUAAAUUAAUCGCCCUUAGUCCUAUGAACUACUUUAGGGAUGGCUGGAAUAUCUUUGAUUUCUUGAUCGUGUUUCUCAGCUUUUUAGAAAUGGCUUUAGAUGAUGUUUCCGGGUUGUCGGUACUAAGGAGCUUCCGUUUAUUACGAGUGUUCAAACUCGCCCGAUCUUGGCAGACGUUGAAUAUGCUGAUCCGCAUUGUUGCUGGUACUAUGGGAGCAUUGGGAAACCUCAUAUUUGUUCUUGCCAUUGUGGUCUUUAUUUUUGCCGUGAUGGGACAGCAAUUAUUCCGAGAUGGAUACAUGAAAGUCUAUGAAGACGAUAUGCCGAGAUGGAAUUUUACAGACUUUCUUCACUCAUUCAUGAUAAUCUUCCGAGUUUUGUGUGGGGAAUGGAUUGAGUCGAUGUGGGCAUGCACAAACGCUAAUAGUGCAAUAUGUAUUCCGUUCUUCCUACUCACAUAUAUUAUAGGGAAUCUUGUUGUACUUAAUUUGUUCCUUGCCCUGCUGCUAAACUCGUUCGGGGCUGAGAGUCUGAGUGGUGGAGAAGGCGAAGAGGACAAAGAACCUAAUAAACUGUCAGAGGCCAUCGGAAGAUUUAAAAGGUUUGGAAGGUGGGUCAAGGUGAAGAUUAUCGUUUGUCUAAAGGUGAAGAUAAAAUCUCAGCCGAAACCAAACGGAAGAGACUCCAGUCCCCGUCUUAAUGGAAAGGAGACGAUGCUUGAUGGUGGACAAACGUUCAGUAAUGGUACUCUUGAAAUUCAGGCUAAAACUGAAGAUGACGAAAACACAUUUCCAGGAGAAGUAGUACUGGUGGAAAACCAUUCACCUGAGAAAUCUACAGAAAUUAUGUUAGAGGACGAAAAAAAAAUGGACGACAAUACAAGACCUAACAGUCGAUCAAGUCAAAGAGAGUCCUUAAGUUCCAACAGUAGAAACUCACUGUCCGAUGACGACACAAAAUUAAGUUUAACAAAAGUGGAUGCAGACGGCGAGCCCGAGAUAAACGAAGUAAAGGUCACGUAUGCAAAUUAUCCAGAUGAUUGUUUCUGCAAAAUAUGCCGUCGAAAGUGCCCAUGUUGUAUCCGAUUUGAAAACACUAGUUUGGGGAAGCGGGCUUGGAAAAUCCGGUGUCUAGCUUUUGCCCUGGUAGAACACAAAUACUUUGAAACUUUCAUCAUUACAAUGAUUCUCGCCAGCAGCGUCGCUCUUGCAAUCGAAGAUGUAUAUCUGUCCGAAAGAGCUGUCCUUCAGCAGAUUCUGGAAAUAACAGACAAAUUUUUCACAGCUAUAUUCAUAAUAGAAAUGUUUAUCAAGUGGACGGCUUUUGGAUACAAGAAAUACUUUACAGAUGCAUGGUGUUGGUUGGACUUCGUCAUUGUUGGAAUAUCCAUUGUGAUGCUUGUUUUUGAGAUCCUUAAAAUGCAGAAAAUGAGUGCAAUAAAGGCAAUGAGAACUCUUAGGGCACUGAGACCGCUUCGUGCUGUGUCUCGAUGGGAAGGAAUGCGAGUAGUUGUCAAUGCUUUGAUCAAAGCCAUUCCAUCUAUUGCCAACGUCAUGAUGGUUUGUCUGAUAUUCUGGCUGAUAUUUGGGAUUGUUGGGGUACAGUUUUUUGCCGGGAAAUUCUUCAAGUGUGUAGAUGAGAAUGGAAUCACACUGGCAGCAAAUAUUACAGCCAAUAAAGAUGAUUGCAUAGCCCAAAAUUACACGUGGGUAAAUUCAAAGAUAAACUUUGACAACGUAAUGAUGGCAUAUCUCGCUUUGUUUCAAGUGGCCACCUAUAAGGGGUGGGUUGAAGUGAUGAACGACGCUAUCGACAGUACGGAAAUUGACCAACAACCAGAGCCAGAGAUCAAUGUCAACAUGUACCUGUAUUUUGUCUUCUUCAUUAUCUUUGGUUCGUUCUUUACUCUGAAUCUAUUUAUUGGUGUCAUCAUCGAAAACUUCAACCAGCAGAAGAAAAAGGCUGGUGGCUCGCUGGAGAUGUUUAUGACAGAUGACCAGAAAAAGUAUUACAUGGCCAUGAAGCGGAUGUCCUCUAAGUCCCCACAGAAAUCAAUUCCCAGACCAAGUAAUAUAAUCAUGGGCUGGAUAUUUGAUGCGGUAACAAAUCAGAAGUUCGACAUUGGGAUCAUGAUCAUUAUCAUGCUGAACAUGUUGACGAUGGCCUUGGAACACUACAAACAAUCAAAAAUGUUUACCACUAUAUUGGAUCACAUCAAUAUGUCAUUUAUCAUAAUCUUCACUGUUGAGUGUGUUCUAAAACUGAUAGGACUGAGACACUACUAUUUCAAGUUUCCUUGGAACAUCUUCGACUUUGUGGUAGUGGUUCUGUCUAUCUUAGGAGAGAUUGUCAGCGUGGCACUUAGUGACGUCAUGGAUCAGUUCUUGGUCUCUCCUACUCUUCUUCGAGUGGUUCGUGUGUUUAGGGUGGGAAGAGUGCUUCGCUUAGUCAAGUCGGCGAAGGGAAUACGAACUUUGUUGUUUUCUCUUGCCGUGUCGUUACCCGCUUUGUUUAAUAUCGCUUUACUGCUGUUUCUUGUGAUGUUUAUAUAUGCCACGUUCGGAAUGAGUUUCUUCAUGCACGUUAAACAUUUAUAUGGUAUAGAUGACUGUUUCAACUUUGAAACAUUCUUCCGUAGUAUAAUAUAUCUAUUUCAAAUGUGCACAUCCGCUGGUUGGAACAGCGCCUUGGCUGGCAUCACAAACGAAGAGGAUUGUAUAAAAGAAACAGUGACAUACGACAAUGGGACAACAAUAUAUGCAGACUGUGGUAAUUACAAGAUAGGUGUUAUGUACCUAUGUUCCUAUAUAGUAAUAAGUUUUCUUGUGGUGGUGAACAUGUACAUUGCUGUCAUAUUGGAGAACUUCAGUCAAGCGACAGAGGACGUUCAGCAAGGCUUAACGUCAGACGAGUUUGAUCUUUUCUAUGAGAAAUGGGAGAAAUUCGACCCGGAAGCUACUAAAUUUAUCCCACUUGGUCAGUUGUCUGAUUUUGUGGAUUAUUUAGAAGAACCUUUGCGACUUCCAAAACCGAAUCACUUUAUGCUGGUGAAACUAGAUAUUCCAAUUUGCGAAGAUAAUAAAGUAUAUUGCAGAGACAUUUUAGAUGCUUUGACGAAAAAUUUCCUGGGCACGGCGGAUGCCUCAGGGGAAUUUGAUAUCAAUGAAGCUGAGAAGGAUAAAGAAAAAGUUGAAUACAAAGUAGUUAGCUCAACGCUAUUAAGACAAAAGGAACAUUAUGCGGCAAGAGUAAUCCAAAAAGCGUGGAAAAGAUAUCGAAACGAGAAAGGCAACUUACCAUCACCACCGCCAUACGAUAUGGUAAUCAGUAAGGAAAGUGAUAUGGUUACGAGCAAAGAAAGUGAGAUGGCAACUAGCAAGGACAGUAAAGAAACAGCGACAACAGUUCACGAGGAUACCGCUAGCACAAAAAGUAUGAAGAGUGAUACUUCCAACAGACAGACUGUAGGAAGUUCUGUAGAUGUGCACAUAGAAAUUCCGGAAUCAGAAAUCACAGAAGAAACAGCGAUGCUUUCACCGGAAAAUAGAACAGUUGAACUACGCGCAGAUAGUGACGUAGUUGCAUGAAGUAAUACAUGUACAAAAAAUUCAAAUUCGGCAGGAAAAUUUGAAUUGUGCAGGGCCCGGUGACUGAUGGGACUCUGACUCAAGAACUUUAAGAUACUCAAAGUGUACUGCAUGUCUUUCUAUUUAUUGGUUUCAGGAUGCAAUUAUUUACUAGUACCUACUGCAUUGCGCAUGCUUCGUAAUGCUGUGAUGAUUUUAUUGGUUAUUUGAUACCUAGAACAGUCUUGCUGUGUAAUUAUACCUUUUGCAAAAAAAAGUUGGCUACACUCGAUGUGGAUAGAGAAUGAAAUUAAAUAUAUAGCUAAGUUUAUUAGGAGAAACGAAUUGCUGAUAUCUCGGUAUGAGAAAUGUACUUACAGGACAGUGUACAGAUUUCAUCUUGAGUGUCCUUUGAUAAAGUCUAAAAUGAAAUGUGCAUGUUGGAUCGUUUAUGCAUUCUUGACAGAGAAAGCACCGCAAGCGCAAUAUCAAAACAUUUAUUAAUUAGUCUGUGCCUAAAAAAUGUAGAUACAAUGUAAACGGUUUGGUAUCAACCAGUGCGUGUGAAAGAUAAUAUUAUAUGAUUAUUUCCUGUCCGAUUCAUGCAAUUGUAAAUUUGCUGUAGACGUAUUUAGAUAGAGUUGAAAUUUACAACAAUAAAAAAACCUUUUCCCAUGUCAUUUACCACUGCCGUUUAUAAGUAAAAUGGAUGAAAUACUUCUAGCCUAAAGUAAUUGUUCUGCCUGCCCCUUCCCCAGAGAACCAACGUGAAUGAUGUCAUUAAUUUGUUCUAUUGCGUGAUACACUUUUAAUGGUAAUUGUUGCUCAACACUAUUUGUAAUUAUGCUUGUAUACUUUCAUGUAUAUAAUUCUGGUUUGGGGUACAUCAUGCUUAUUUGCAAAAACCAUAUUAUUCCAAAAUACGCCCGAUUCCAUACAGUAUUGUCGUAUUUGUAUUUUUUUUAAUAAUGAAGUUUUUUUUAAUUAUUGUUUUGAAUUUAUCUGUUUACCAGGAAGCAUGUUAAUAUAAGACAUAUAUGUAUUUAAAGACUUAAACUGAAUUCAAAUUAUUUGAUGUUUCAAUUUCUUUAAUCAGAACAUAAUUGUUACAGUCUACUCGGAGUUCGUUUAAUGAAAAAAAAUAUUCUAACUUAUCAAUAUCAAAUAGUAACUAAAUGAUAACACAGAGAAGGCAUAUAUAAAUUGUACAAAGUGUAUGUAUGUUUACAAAAUAGUCGUUUAAGACGCUAAUCGCGAGAUCAGCAUAAGAUUUAGAUAAUACGGGUACCUGUUUUAGAUACGUAAUACCAGUAAUAUGGCAUAUAGAACAUGAUAUUACACCAAUUGUAUGAUAACUAAUCAUAGCUUAUGCAAAUAUGAAAUUGUUAUGAGUUACUCAAUUAAUGAUGUAAAACAUCUAAAAUGCAGUUGAACUACAUAUUUUGUUUUGUUGUACAUGUUUAAAGAUAUGUAUUGGUUGAAAAUUGUUUUGGAACUUUUUCCUUUACAUCAAUUGUAUUGUCUAGUUGAUUUCAUGUGAUAUUUUAUACGAAAACUUGGCUUUUCUUGUUGCACUUAACUUUGCCAAAUUAAUGUUGAAUUCUGUGUAGUGUCCGCUUCUUACAAAAUUGUAUCCAUUUUAUGCAGUUGCUAUUUUUAUUGUGCAUGUUGUUAGUAAGAAUCCAAGUGUUUCAAAUUAUCCUAAACAUCCGUAGAAAAUUCCAAUCAUAAAAAUCUUUGGGAAGUCGAAUUCACACACAAAUGAACGAAUUGUGUCAAGUUCAGAUGUAUUAUGAAAUGUCUUCUUUCGGAGAUAGAAAUUGGGAAGUAUUUAGAUUUUUAAUAAUGAUUGAUGCUUAGAAUUUUAAAACAAAAGACUUGCAAAAUAAAAAAAAAAAGCAUGCAAAUUGAAAUGAAUCGUUAACAUUAUAUCUGUAUGUUUUUGAUCAGAAUUAUCAAUAUCACAAUGUAUGGUUUAAGCAUUUUGAAUGACACCAUAAAUUUGGAACUGUUGAGUGUUAGAGAAUGGAUGUAACUGUGAACAUUUUCAAUCUUUAUAUAUAUGCACAAUAAUGAGUUAGGUAUAAGGGAAGAGAUGUGUAUGAACAUAUAACAAAAGCUUUUUCAUUUGCAAAUUUCUGUAAAUAAAUUUAUUACACAAUU